ACUGUCAAUUGAAUAUAUGGUAGAUUGAACAUUUUGUCAACUUUGAUAACAGUUUUGCAAUUUCAAUUUAUUAUGGUUAUUUAUGAUUGCUUAAAAUUUAUCUUACCGCUUGCACUGUCAUUUAUUUCUAUUGUAGUUAAUUCGUCCGCUUGACAUUCAUAAAAACACUUGUUGCAGGUUUUUGCAUUUGUAAACAUAUAUAUCUUAAUUUUUUCAUUUCUUAGUUGAUAUUUAUAGCUAAUAGAUUUAAACAAAAUGCCCCGCAAUCAACCUGCCAAGAAUGCUUUUUAUUACUUUAUGUUGGAAUUUAGAGAUCGGCAUGGAAGAUCCUUCAAAAAUAUGAAAGAAGUUGCUGAUGCUGCAGGACCACAUUGGAAAAACUUAUCCAAAGAGCAAAGGAAACCAUAUGAGCAACAAGCUUCAAUUUCAAAACAAAAUAAGAUCUCUAAAUUAACUUCUGAUGGACAAGCUGUAGAUGAAUUGGAAAGGCAGGAAUAUUUAGAACAUCUUAAGACACAAGAAAUGAAAGAUUAUAUAAAUGAUACUAUGCGUUUAGCUAGUGAUAAUGGAAGAAUUCAAGACGAGUUUUUUUUUAUCAUCCAUAUAAAUACAUUUUGCUAUUGCGCAAACAUAAAUCGCUAUAUACCAGGUGAAAUUGCCAUUACUUGCUUCAGUUUAGAAGACGGGGUACAAACUCAAAAUGUUUUCCAUAGAAUUAUAAAGCCAGGUAUAAUGCCUCUAGGUUACGCAAGCGAAGCUAAAUUGAUAUCCGAACAAACUCACCAAUUGCCUCUGCCUUCGUCUGCAGAUGAGCUAAACAUAGAAGAAGUAUUCACAGAAAUGAAAUUAUUUUUAUCAAACAAGCUUUGUGGAUCGAAACGCUAUCCUCCUCUUUACGUAGACGAAAAAAUGAUGAAAAUGGUACAGAGUAUCUUAGAUAAUUGGUGUUAUGAUUUUGGCGAAGAUAGACCUCUUUUCAAAGUAUAUAAUUUACAAUACAUGUUUAGAAUUCUAAGGAAUACUGUAGCCAAUGAAACGAUAUAUCCUUCUGAUACUUACAGUGCAAGGGAAAUAGAAAAAGAUGUCUAUGCCUACACGGCUGGUAUUUGCUGUGAAUAUCAUUCAGUAACUGAUAAUUUCAUAUACUGUAGUCGUUCAAUAACAAUUAGAUAUGCAUAUAUAAUUUGUGAUAACUGUUGUGGUGAUCUACGUAUUAUAUUAGUUCCUGGUGCUCAUAUACCAGAUCAAGCAUUGACUCCUUUUACUGGUACAAGGUCUAGUUCUAUUUCUAGCUUAGUUUCUAGGUCUAGUAAAUCAUCAAAAUUAAAGACAUCCAUCCGUGACGAUGAUUCUGAUACUGUUAUAUCAUUUUCUAGUAAAUCGGAAUGGGAUAAUCAAUCUAUUGUAUCAGAUUCGUCUAAUUUAACAUGUGACAGUGAAUUCCCCAAUUUGGGGCUUAAAAAAAAGACAGUAGUCACGAACUCACAACCACAUUUCUCUUCUGGGGAAUCUUCAGACCAAUAUUCAGGUAGAAGUUAUGCUGGAGCGAUGAGCUCUAAGGGAAAACCAGCGAAUUUUACUUUUAGAGAGUCCGAUGACACAAGUUCAGUUGACUUGAAUCUAGAUUUUGCUAUUGGACGUGGAAGAGGUACUAAAUCGUUUUCUAAUAAUAUUGACGAUUUUCCUAAACUUGGUGGGGGAGGUAGAGGUAGGUUAUUAAGAAAAGGUAAACAUACAAAUUAAUUGGAUUUUUUUUGUUUCUAUAUUUUUGAUUAACAGAGAUAACUUCAAAAGUAUAUCAAUUAUGCUAUAAAUUAAUUACUCAUGAUUUAAUUAUAUAAUUUCUCAUACAAUUUCUCCAUUAUGAUAUUUUAAUUGUUGGUAAUAAUAAGGACGUUUAGAGGUUUUUCUAAAUUAGUACUGUGAAAUAUUAUAAAACUAAAUCUGUAUCCUAUUUUCCCCAUUCAAGAUAUAUUUAUCCAUAAGCUGUGGAUUGCACUACAGUUUCUUCAUUGUAUGAUAUGUUCUGCAAAUGUAUUAAAUAGAAUCUUUAAACAAAAUUCUGAGUUACUUCAAAAUACAGAAUGCAGUUGCCAAAUGGAAAUGAAAUAGUUUUAGUACCCACCUUUUAAUCAUGAGAAAGUGAAAGGCCAUUUUGGGUUAGAAAAAGGGUAAACAGUAAAAAUCAGGAUGGAGGAGUCUCAAAGGGGCUUUCAGAUUGCAGACUCCAAGAACUGGUAUAUAUAACGUACCUUAAACGUUAGCGCAUCUGGAGAAACGGGGUGAGACAGGAUCGAUCAAGCAUCAACCUCAACACCUCGUUCUCAUAUUUCAUAUUUCUGGACCACAAUGACAAAUCUUUACAAAAGUGCUGUUUUGAGCAUAUAAGCAUUCUCAUGUUUCUUUGAGCUUAAUAUGUAAUUUAUGACUAUUGAGUUUUUUUAGAAGGUAUCAUAAUUUUAAGAAAUAUCAACUCUUAGUAUAUAUUCUAAAAGCCUCGUUUUCAUAUUUUGAUUUUGUCAGAAUAAUUCAUUGUAUAUGUAAGUUUAAUAUUUGAAAAUAUUUGUAAUAAUCAGAUAUUAAUUAAUUUUUUUGUAUUAUUUGAUUUAUUUAUAUCUUAGAACUGUACUGACAAUAGUUAUUUUAAAAAACUCUGUUUUAUUUUCCAGUAUUUCUAUUUUAAAUAAUUAUUUGUUCAAUUGAGGUACUAUGUUUUAUUUUUUUAAAGCAGAAUUGUAGAUUUUUAUCUUAACGAUAGAAUUUUUAUACAUACGAGACGUGUUAGAAAAGAUUUUUUAUUUACCCAAGUUUCUAUUACUUUUAAACAAUGCUCAUGGUAGUCCUCUUGAGUAACUGUAAAUCGGGUAGUCUUCAAUUAGUAUACCAUUAAAUCGGACGGUUAUAGCUUUUUUGAGUUCCAAAAUGAUGUAGUUUUAUGACACGUUUCAAUUUCGAGAAAAGCAGAAAGUCAUAGGAAUGUUGUUAUUUAGCAAUCCUUCCAAUAAGAUCAAUGCACCCGUUUCAUUUAAUAGAAAACUUUGAUAAUUCUAUCUUUUGGGUUACAACUCUCCUAUGACCUUGACCAAUAAAUAUAUAAUUUCUGGAGUCAUUCAGAGCAUGUCUAUGUAUUUUUAUAUAGGAUGCUCAUGCCUCUUUGUCAAUUUUUUUUUCUUUUUUUAGUUUCAAUUUUUCAUAAUGCACGAUCCUAUGCUAUUAUAUCUUCAGCUCACUGUUCCCAUCGGUCUAGUGGGUACAAAACUACCCUAAUCUAAGAAUAAUUCUAUCUUUUAGGGUACAACGUACAAUUCUCUUAUGACCUUAAAAUACAUGUACUCCGACCGAUUGUCGGCCUUAUUUACUGAGGUUGCUCGUCAGUAUCCAUUAGCUAUCGACGACAUAUUACACCUAAACUAAUUCUAUUGUACAUAUGCAAUUAUACACAUAAAUAAACACACAAUAUGUUCUAUGCUGCACCCUACCAUAUAUCCCAAGGUCAUAGGAGAGUUGUACCCUAACAGAUUGUAUUUCCAAAACUUGUGUUAAGCAAUUUUUCCCAUAAGUCUGUUCCAAUUUUUCAAAAGUCACACAGGUUUGCCAAAACUUGGUUGUACAACAAAAUACAACUCCUCUGAUGGCACUGGAGCUGUGAGUUUUAUCUUGAAGAGUAGAAGAGAACAGGCUGGUACAUACAACGUUGCCAUAUGUAAUAGUGUUUUAUUACUUUUCUCACACAUCUCAUAUAAAUUAUAGAUUUUGAUAAUAAUCUGGAAACUUCUUGUCGAGUUGAAUUACAAGACUUUUGUUUAAAAAUGUUUUAAACAUAUUGUUUGUUUGUUUUGAAGUAAUUUUUUAAGUUUACAAUUAAUGUGAUUAUUUUUGUUUUCUUAUGUGUACUUUUCAAUACUUUUGUUGGAAAUAAAUGGUUCUUGAUUUUUUCUAUUUUUUUUGAACCAGGAUUAUUAACAAUGUUACUAGAGAUUAAUUUAUGUUAUGAAAUGAAUAAAUUUUAAAAAGAUUAAUUUCUUUUCCAUCCAAUUCAACAAUUUACAAAUAUUAGUUACAUUAUGCUCACUGGCGAAUAGAGGGUACAAAAACAACAUAGUACAAACAAUAUUUAGAUCAGUUACAAACAAGACCCAAAAGGCAUUAAUACAAUAACUCAACCGUAGGUACGAUGGUUGAAGAAAAUCUACUACCUUUAAAAUGGAAAUUGUUUUGUAUUUUGGCCACUCAUCCAGGUAGUGCAGUUGCGAUUAAAACAAUCAAUGAUAUUUUAAACGGGCUGUAAAAAAAAUUGAAAUGAAUAGAAAUGAACUUUGAAAGAAAAUGUGACAUGGUGAUUCAUUCUAAUAGCUCUUUUGUCCACUUUUAAUUGAUGACAAUGGAAUUGUCGAAAGAAACUCGAUGAAAUAGACAAUCAGCAUUAUUUUGUGAUGAGCUUGGUCUUUCAAUGUCUUGUUUCAAGUGUUCAGAUCUAUUUUUAAGCACCGAAGAGUCAGGUGAAUGCUGCACUGGACAUUAAACACAACUAGUACUUGGAUCCUGCUCGAUUUUUUGUGUUUAAACCGUUUACGUUUACUCUACAAAGAUAACAUUUUUCAAAAUGCUUUCGUGGUUAUCACCAUAUAGUCGGUAUUCCUAAUUUGAAUGCACUUCUUUUGCCACUUUUCCAUAAUCUUAAAUAUUCUACUCACGAUUCACAAAACACAGUAGGGAGCCCUAGAGUUCUCAUUUCUAUCCAUAGAUUCCCAAAAUAUGUGUUUUUCACCAACUCUGAUAUAAUUUUUUCACAAUCUUUAAACAUAUAUUCUCCAAAUAUACAGGAACAAUGAUCUGAAUUGUUUAAACAACGUCUUUUUGAAUUACUCAUGACUAUAACUUUAUAUACUAAUCUUAACACAAUAAAAAUCGCCUGGUGAUUAAUACAUACGCUUCAUUAAAUAUUUAUUAAAAAUGAUUUACUGCCAUGAAAUUAGAACUUCUCAUGAAAAAUGAAAAUUU